UCGAUGGCUGUUCUCAGACAGUACGAGUUAUAAGACGUAGAUCCCAGUCUCUACCACGAAUCCAGCCGGCGAGCAUCCCGUCCUCGUCCGGCAGCCUCUGGAUACCAUUAUGCAUUAUUUGCGGCUCCUGGUUCUCUCUCUCCUGUCGUCCGGCGUCAUUGCGGCCAGGCGGUUCUACGUGCCGGAGCCCACCCGGGUCCGGGGUGAUCCGGCGCCGACAAAGUGCGCGUCUGCCGCCCUAACCACCGUCAGCACCAUCAACCGGGGCAGCGAGGGGAUAUGGGUCGUUCGGCCGAACAUAUCCGAUCUGCACGAGCUUUACAGGUUCAGACAGAACGACUGGCUCGGGAACGAUCAAAAGCUCGUCCUGGACACCUGCAGCAGCAUCUGCCUAUCUGGCAAUGACACCGCAAAUCCGGGAACCUGGUUGCCAAGUGGGAAGUUCUUCCAAGGCGCCUUUGUCAACACGCCGGGAGGGAACCCGCCCAACCAUAUCCUAUGGCAGUGCGCUUGUUAUGACAGGCCUGUAUCAAGCGAGGAUCUUGCUGUCGGCCGAGGCGUUUGGAACAAUGCGAAUCCCGGCAGCGGAACGAUAAUCAACCGCGAGUGUUGAGGAUUUCCUACAUGGUAGGGUAGCGGUCAGAAAAGGGUGGGGUUUGUAUCGGAUAUUAGCAUUAGUCUAGGGUCGUAUUAUAAUAGCGUAUGAGAGCUGUUGGGCCGGUAAAUAUGACUAGGGAAUUCUCAGCGUCCUCGAGCGAGGCCACAGGCCUAGGACGCAAUCACCAGGGCAUGGGAACCAGUUCUGCGUGGCAAAGACGACAGUCCUCAAACCCAUUCAUUGCGGCUGGCUUCCUGGUUAUACGCGCCGAAUUAAUUGCCCGAGGCUGUAAUUAACGGUGCAACCAGCCGUCC